AUGACGGCAACACUCGGCAACACCCUGAACGACCAAGCAGCCUUUUUUAGGGACGCACUCGGUCGAACAUCAAGGAAAAAAAGGUUCCCACCUACCUCAAAAGGUGUAAAAGGUUUAAAAGUGGCAUGUUGGAACAUCAGAACCAUGCUGGACGCAGGCAGUCGUCCCGAACGUCGUUCUGCUCUCAUUGCGCAUGAGCUAUCAAGACUCUCCAUCGAUAUUGCAGCCCUUAGUGAAGUCCGAUUCCCAGGGGAAGGUAGUCUUAGAGAGAAUAGCGCAGGUUACACCCUCUUUUGGUCUGGCAGGCCGGAAACAGAGAGACGCCUUUCUGGAGUUGGUUUCUUUGUUAGAAACUCCAUCGCCUCAAAGCUGGAAAACCUUCCAACUGGCCACUCUGACCGCAUCAUCUCCAUGCGCCUACCACUAAGAAACAAGUACCAUGCAACCCUCUUCAGCAUAUAUGCUCCAACUCUCCAAGCGGAAGCUGCAGAAAAGGAAAAUUUUUAUGCCAAUCUCCGCAACCUCCUGCAAAGUGUCCCAGCAGACGACAAGGUUAUUAUCCUUGGCGACGUCAAUGCCAGAGUUGGCCAAGAUUCAGUAGCCUGGAAAGGUGCACUUGGCAAACACGGUGUUGGCAGCUGCAACGACAACGGGCGCCUGCUGCUGGAGCUUUGCACCGAGCACCAAUUCACCAUCUCAAAUACCUUGUUUCAGCAAAAGGCCAGUCUGAAAACUAUCUGGAUGCAUCCUCGGUCAAAACAUUGGCACCUCAUCGAUUACAUCAUAGUGCGUCAGCGAGAUACCAAAGAUGUCUUGCACAACAGAGUGAUGCCCAGCGCAGAGUGCCACACAGACCACCGCCUUGUGCGCUGCAAACUCAAUCACCACUUCAAGCCGAAACCCAAGAAAGGUGGAGCGCUAAAGAAGAAAUUGAACAUCAGCGGCUUACAGUCAGCUGAAACCAAGGCAAAAUUCCAAGCAAGUCUACAGUCCAGGCUUGAAGACACCAGCCGCCCAAGUGAUCCCUCCCCUGUACCACUCUGGGAGCAACUCAAAUCUGUUAUCCUGCAGACCUCUGAGCAAGUACUUGGAUUCUCCAGCAGAAAGAACAAAGACUGGUUUGAUGAAAAUGAUCUGGUAAUCCAGGAAUUGCUUGCAAACAAGAGAACAGCUCAUCAGGCUCAUCUAGCCCAGCCGUCUUGUCCUGUGAAGAAGGCUGCCUUUCGUCUUGCGUGCAGCAACACCCAACGCAAACUCAGAGAAAUCAAGAACGAGUGGUGGACCAUCCUUGCAGUAAGAACUCAGCACUGUGCAGACACUGGCGACCUCAGGGGGUUCUACGAAGCCCUUAAGGCAGUGUAUGGGCCCACGCACCAAAUCCAGAGUCCCUUGCGCAGCUCAGACGAACGGAGGCUUCUAGCAGACAAGACUUCCAUCUUGGACCGCUGGACUGAACACUUUCAAGCCCUCUACAGCGCUGAUCGUGUGGUUGGCGUGUCAGCAAUUCUCCGUAUUCCCCAGCAACCACUCAAGGAGGAACUGGACGAGGCGCCUUCUAUGGAUGAGACCUUAAAAGCCAUUAAGCAACUGAAAAGUGGCAAGGCAGCAGGAGUUGAUGGCAUCCCACCAGAGUUAUGGAAGCAUGGUGGCCCAGCGUUACACUCCAAACUCCAUGAACUGUUUAUCUGCUGCUGGGAGCAGGGAAAAUUACCGCAAGAUCUCCGUGAUGCAGUCAUCAUCCCCCUCUACAAGAACAAGGGAGUAAAGUCUGAUUGCUCAAACUACAGAGGGAUUACCCUACUCUCCAUCGCAGGGAAAAUCCUUGCAAGAAUCCUACUCAACAGACUUGUGCCCACCAUUGCCAAAGACCAUCUUCCAGAAUCCCAAUGUGGCUUCAGAAGCAACAGGAGCACAACUGACAUGGUGUUUGUCCUUCGACAGCUUCAAGAAAUGUGUCGUGAGCAGAACAAGGCACUCUAUGUAACCUUUGUCGACCUGACCAACGCGUUUGACACUCCUAUGUAA